GUUGCCAUUGCCAAAUUAUUAACUUCACAUUCACAACAAAUCCUCCAAAUAAAAUUAAAAUAGAAAAAAAAAUCCGUUUUCUUCUCUUCCCAAACCCUAAAUUUACCCGACCGUAUCUCGUUUCCUUUUCGUUUGUUUAUUCAUGGUUAUCCCCAAAUUUCCUCACUUUUGAUAUCCCCAAUCAUUUCCCACCCGCUUUCUCCUCUCUAAAUUUUAUGCCAUGGAUCAUCAACAGCAUGAUCUUUCAUCAAUUCUAGCUCAGAAACCUUCGAAUCCCUACGAUCUCAUAAAUCGUUCCUCGGUAUGGCUCGAAAUCCGUCUCUUCUACGUUCGGAUCGCGCCGUGUGUCAUCGACAGCGUCCCCGACCACCUCACCCUCUUCCACCUCCGACGCGAGAUCGGUGUCUCUCUCGAAAUCAAUGGCUCUCGUUUCCCAGCCUCUGAUUCCGCCGUCCUUACCCUUCGUCGCGAUCGUCUCAACCGGGAAGCGUCCGAGGUCACUUAUUUGAGCACCGAUAGCGUCCGCGUCACGGGAGGUUUCGAAUUCGAGGCGUAUGAGGAUGAAAAGAAGGUGCUGUUGUGUGGAUCGUUGGAAAGGAUGGAAGGAGAGUGGAGCAUGGACUGUUACCUGGCGGCAGUUGCUACGGAGCCUGGGAAUUCGGCUUUUUUUCAUCCCAAGAUGGGUGUUUCGGCGCCGGGGAUUGAAGUUUUUAUCGCGGGCUGUUGUGCUGGUACGCCUGUGAUAUUGACCAAGAAUAUACUUGUGAGCCCUAAGAAGAAAGGCGUGCCCAGACUUAAAUGGAUGCUGGAUGCAAUUCCUGAGGACGAGGAGCUCGGGAAAAGGGAUGAUAAGGGUGGCAAUGGGCUGAUUAGACAGCGGAAAUUGAAGGUUAUAGAUGCUGAAGUUGAAAACUAUGAUUCUGAUGGGAAAAUUGGGCAUGGUUACUAUGCUGAAGAAAUGUAUGCUGGUGAGGAUGGCCAACUUUCAUGGUUUAAUGCUGGUGUUAGAGUUGGUGUUGGAAUUGGCCUCGGAGUGUGCCUUGGGGUUGGAGUCGGAGUUGGACUGCUAAUGCGAUCAUAUCAAGUAACUACCCGGAAUAUCAGGAGGAGGAUGGACAUCACCUCCUCCGCUACGACGUCGUCCAUGCUCAGAUCCACUUCCGGAAUGCGUCACCGGGGCAACCCCGCGCCUCUCCCUCUGGUCGUUUCCCUCAACUGCGUCGAAGAUUGCGCCCUCGAACAAGAAUCCUUAGCCGGCGUCGCUCUGGUCCACCACGUCCCUCUCAGCAGCUUAGGCGAUGGCAAGAUCGAGGCCGCCGCCGCCGUUCUCCUCCAUUCCCUUUCCUACCUCCCUCGAGCUGUACAGCGUCGCCUCAGCCCUUACCAGCUCAUCCUCUGCCUCGGCUCCUCUGACCGCGCCGUCGACUCCGCCUUAGCCGCUGAUCUCGGGCUACGCCUCGUACAUGUUGAUGUCUCUCGAGCUGAGGAGAUCGCGGACACUAUCAUGGCGCUGUUUCUGGGAUUGCUCCGUCGCACGCACUUGCUCUCUCGCCACUCUCUCUCGGCUUCCGGUUGGCUUGGAUCAGUUCAGCCGCUUUGUCGGGGAAUGAGGAGGUGCCGAGGACUAGUGUUGGGAAUUGUUGGUAGAUCUGCUUCGGCCCGAUCUCUGGCCUCCAGAAUCUUAGCCUUCAAAAUGAGUGUGCUUUAUUAUGAUAUUGUGGAGGAGAAUGGAAAAGUAAGUAGGCAUUCUGUAACAUUCCCACCAGCUGUCCGUAGAAUGGAUACACUUAAUGAUUUACUAGCUGCAAGUGACCUUAUAUCUCUGCAUUGCGCUUUAACAAAUGAAACCAUUCAGAUUAUCAAUGCCGAAUGUUUGCAGCAUAUAAAACCUGGGGCUUUUCUUGUGAAUACUGGUAGCAGUCAGCUCUUGGAUGAUUGUGCAUUGAAGCAGCUUCUGAUUGAUGGCACUUUAGCUGGUUGUGCCCUGGAUGGAGCUGAAGGGCCACAGUGGAUGGAAGCUUGGGUGAAGGAGAUGCCCAAUGUAUUGAUACUUCCUCGAAGUGCUGAUUAUAGUGAAGAAGCGUGGAUGGAGAUAAGGGAGAAGGCUAUGUCUAUGUUGCAAACAUUCUUUUGUGAUGGGGUUAUACCAAAGGAUGCUAUUUCUGAUGAGGACGAGGAAGAAAGUGAAAUAGUUGAUGAAAAAGGACAGUUUAGCAUACAAGAAGAGAAAGAAAGUACUUUGCAGGGAUCUAGUGGUGAGCAAUUGAUUGAUGAUAUUCAGCAAAGUCCUGAAAUUUCCCUUCAAAAGGAUACCAAACAAUCUAAGGAUUAUCCUAAUCAAAACCAGCGUUCUGGUAUGUCUUCUGGUACUGCAACUAAAUCGGAUUCAAAACGCAGCAGAGCAGGUAAAAAAGCAAAAAAGAGGCAUGCCCGUCAAAGUACACUACAAAAAUCAGAUGAGCCCUUAAUAUUAGAGAGAGAAAGUACUUCACAAAGAGAAGAUGACACUGCUAUGAGUGGCACAGAUCAAGCAUUAAGUUCUGGUUCUCGCUCUCCUGGAGAUUUGAGAAGUAGGAAAACACUUAAAGAAUUACCGCAAGGGUCUACUUCUGACCAGCUUCUUAAAACUAGCAAGAACCUAAGUGGACAGUCUUGUGAUAUGCUAAAGGAGGGAUAUGUUAUAGCUAUGUACGCAAGAGAUCGUCCUGCACUCCACCUGUCCAGACAAAGAGUUAAAGGUGGUGGUUGGUUCCUAGAUACCAUGUCAAAUGUAACUAAAAGAGAUCCUGCAGCACAGUUCCUUGUUGUUUAUAGAAACAAGGACACUAUCGGUCUGCGUUCUUUUGCUGCUGGUGGGAAGUUGCUGCAGAUCAAUAGAAGAACGGAAUUCGUCUUUGCUAGUCACAGCUUUGAUGUUUGGGAGAAUUGGAUGGUGCAAGGUCCUUUAGAGGAAUGUAGGCUGGUCAAUUGCAGAAAUCCUUCAGCGGUUUUGGAUGUGCGCAUAGAGAUUCUGGCAGCUGUGGGGGAGGAUGAUGGGGUAACUCGGUGGCUUGAUUAGAGUGUCAACAGAUUUAGGGGGCAAACUUUUCUAUUGCCCACUUUCUAUCAUCUUUUCUUCUUGUUUUGCUUAAUCUUCCAAGUUUGUGUUUUCCCACAAAUUCCCCAGAACGGUCUGUAAAGCUUUCUUUACUGAUUUGUUUCUUCUUUAUUUUAUCUUAUUUAUUUGUUUUCGGG